UUGAUAUCUAUUGGUAACAGAUAUUCAUUUAUAAACGAUCAAGCUCAUACCUGGAAUCUACAAAUUGAUGACCUUCAACUUAGCGAUGCUGGAGAGUUCACAUGUCAAGUCAACUCAGGCCCACAUGCACGAAAGAUUGUUAAUCUAAAUGUUCAAGGUCCACCAAAGUUUGAAAAACCGUUACCAGAAGAAACGAUGGUAACGGAAGGAGAAUCAUUGACCUUGACCUGCAGUACUUCCGGUUCACCUCAACCAUUUGUCACGUGGUAUGAAUAUGCUGACCAGUAUGAAAAACGUAUUGUAUCUCAUGGACCAAAUUUGACCUUUCCCCAUGUAACUCGCUAUGAUGCUUCUACUUUUGAGUGCAUCGCGGAACACAGUUUUCCACCCACAAUCAACAUGAUGACAGACGUAAAGGUCCAGUUUGCCCCAGAAAUACAGUUCCUUGAGGAAAGGCUUGAAGUACAGAAAGGAUCGGAAACCAUUUUGAAAUGUGACGUCACUUCCUAUCCACAGGCCGCUGUUAUGUGGAUAAAAGAAGGGAAGAAACUCUUCAACAGUUUGAAAUACAGAGUAAACGUUACAGAAGAAACGGGAUAUACCAAACGUUUGACUCUGACUAUAAAGAAUAUGGAAGAAAGUGAUUUUGGUAGUUAUGUUUGUGAAGCUAGAAAUAAAGUUGAUAAAACUCAAAAGACACUCGAAGUAUUCGGUUAG